CAAAAUAAAGAAGUGAAUAUGAAAACAGCUGAUAUAAUUGCUUUUUUAUACAAGCCAGAAAUUGUGGAAGUUUGGAAAAUGGCAGAGGGAGGGGGAAAACCAGAUCAGGAUGUGCUUGAAGAAAGAGAAAGAGCAAUGAGAGAUUCGAAUUUGGCAUACAGUCUUAGAGUCAACUUUACCUCCUUGAUGAGAAGAUUAGAAAAUCGGGUUAGUGAAAUGGAAAUAUACUUAAACCAUUUCCUAACCAUUGAAGAAAUACUACGUGUUGGCAUGACUGAUGACCCAAGAAGAAAAAUUAAUAUGGUUUUAAGAUAUGCGUUACACAGGAAUGAAACAGAACGUGAAUCGUUUAUGAAAUAUCUAAUUGAACAAAGGUACAUCACAGAAAAAGAUUUACAAGAAUUCAUACAUGUUCCGGAUGUCCCUGAAUACAGAGAGUUGACAGCGCAAGAUUUCAGUAGACCAGAUAUUCAGCGUUUUGUAGAACGAGAACUGGAAGUAACAACAAUUUUGGACUAUUUGUAUGAAAGGUAUUUAAUUGAUCUCGAGGAAUAUGAAGAAAUGGGAAGAGCAAACUCCCGGAUUGAUCAAGUCCGAUUACUAUUAUCCAUACUACUCCAGAGAUCUGAUGAUAGUUGGACUAGCAAGUUUUGUUACAUCCUUAACAAUUUUGGACACCAAAGGAUAUUGAGAGGGAUGCAAGACAUAAAGAAUCAACAUCAAAUCGGAAUUCAAGAGAGCGAUAUUCCAUUGUUUGGAAGAACUCUCAAGUUAGAUACAGAUAAUCAGACUCAAAUCGCUUUAAGAGAGCAAUCCGCAGCUGAUUUAAAUAACCAAUGGCAAAAUGAUGACCAUAGAAUCACUGGCACCAGACCUGGGUGUGUUGAGUUUAUGUUACUAUCAGGUUCCAAAAAAGCAUGCAAAAUACUGGACAAAGACGACCAAGAAGAGAAAUGUAGGACAUUUUUGCAAAGUCUGACAUCAAUGCCAGAUGUAAAGAAGACACUUAAACCUGGACAGAUAUUCAAGAUAAAAGUCCAAAUGUUUGACAGUUCUUUGCCAAUAGUACCUGCAGAAAAGGCAAAGAACCUGGACUUCAACCUUGCUAUCAAAAUAUGCAAAGCCAAUUUGAUUGGCGACUUAAAAGUCGAAGUUAUAAUGAAAUUGUUGGUAGAGCAUGAAAUGAUAAACCAAUUCACCGUUGCAAAACUAUCUGAGACGUCAGAUGAAAAUCUUAUAAAGGAAUACUUGAUAUAUCUUCUGGGUUGUUCUGAAGAGGACAAACUGAAGCAAGUUUUUGCGAAAGCAAGGGAAUCAGAAACACUUCAAGCAUUUGUCGAUCAUAUUGAACAGUGGAGAUGCAUAGAAUGUUAUAGGAAGACACUGCUAACAUUUUUCCAGAUCGUAGAAGAUGAAAUUGACAGUAAAAUCAUGGAAAACACACUAAAAGGGGAGAAUGACGUUCCAGAUUUGAUGACUAACGUGUGUAUACAAAAAGCAGAAAAUAUAUCACGCGGAGAUAGAGCAAAACUAUUUUUGCAAUAUAUUCUGACGAAUGAAAAUAUCCUGAUGCGUUUUGCUGCAGUAUUUGCUACCACGUCUAAAAUAGUGUUGACGCAUACGUCUUGUGUUUACUGCAGUAAGGACAAAAGUACUAGUAGACCAACAGAUGAUACACCCGCAUAUACUUUUGUUGUAGAAGAUGCAAAUGGCGAGUUUGUUAUAAGAUCUACUGAGAAACGGAAAAAUGGCAACAAGUUUCCUGAAAGAAGACACAAAUAUGAAAGUGUUGCUGAUUCAGGGAAAAUAGAGAGCCAUCACAAUCUUGAAAGCUUGAAAAUGAGCAGUGAAAGUGAAAAAGAAAUACAGAUAAUCUAAGAACGACCUACAGAAAUCAGACGUUUUGAAAAUUGACAUUAGAGGAAAAUAAAUAUUGAUUAAGCCAUAUGAGUAUCUGAUUUUUUAAAAAUGUCUAUGAAAUAAUUUGCAGUUGAAAUAAUGUUUAUUUCAAGUCGGAAAUUUUUAUUUUACAAUCAAACAAACAACACUUAUAAAGUCAAUAUAAUUGUAUUUUUUUUCUUUCGUCAAUCAUUAUGUAUUAACCUGAAACAUUUCCAGAUCAUGCUACUUAUCUUAACGGUUGGAGUAAUCUAAAUUAAAUUUGCACUGACAGCAAAGAGUGUAUUGUAUUUUUUUGUAGAUUCUCAUUAUUUUCAACUUUCAAGUUUAAGUUAGACUUAUCUUCCUUUGCAUAUGGAGAGAGAACAUAAUGUAUGAUUUGUUUUUUUAUUGUGCAGCUGUAUAUAAAUCAUAUAAAACAUUUUUAAAAUGUUUUUAUAUUCUUAAAUGAAUAAUAGUUUA